AGCUAUUGAGCCAGCGAGGAGUGAAGCGGAGUCUGCCUCAUACACUCCUAGAGGACCGCCUCCAGAAUAGAGUUCUUUUCGCCCCUUCCUCCUUCUCCUAGCUCCUCUCCUGGCCUUUCUACCCGCCCAAUACAAUGCAUACUCGAAUGGCAGCCCCAGAGAACUGAAGCAAACCAAAGAGAAAGGACUGGAGCCGAGACACUUCUGGCGGGGAAGCUUGGAUGCCUGGCUUUCUUUGAGGUCAUCUCUGGAACCAGGGUGGUUUUGGGGUGGAGGGUCUUGCUGCAGGGAACCCAGCCAGGUCCCAAGAUGGACACUUCUGGGCACUUCCAUGACUCAGGGGUGGGGGACCUGGAUGAAGACCCCAAGUGUCCCUGUCCAUCCUCUGGGGAUGAGCAACAGCAGCAACAGCAACCGCCACCACCGCCAGCGCCACCAGGAGUCCCCCAACAGCCUCCGGGACCCUUGCUGCAGCCUCAGCCUCCGCAGCUUCAGCAGCCUCAGCAGCAGCCGCCGCCGCAGCAGCAGCAGCAGCAGCAGGCUCCACUGCAUCCCCUGCCUCAGCUUGCCCAACUCCAGAGCCAGCUUGUCCAUCCUGGUCUGUUGCACUCCUCUCCCACGGCUUUCAGGGCUCCCACUUCGGCCAACUCCACAGCCAUCCUCCACCCUUCCUCCAGGCAAGGCAGCCAGCUAAAUCUCAAUGACCACUUGCUUGGCCACUCUCCAAGUUCUACAGCCACAAGUGGGCCUGGUGGAGGUAGCCGGCACCGGCAGGCCAGCCCCCUGGUGCACCGGCGGGACAGCAAUCCCUUCACUGAGAUAGCUAUGAGCUCCUGCAAAUACAGCGGUGGGGUCAUGAAACCCCUCAGCCGCCUCAGCGCCUCUCGGAGAAACCUUAUCGAGGCCGAGCCUGAGGGCCAACCCCUCCAGCUCUUCAGUCCCAGCAACCCCCCAGAGAUUAUCAUCUCCUCCAGAGAGGAUAACCAUGCCCACCAGACUCUGCUCCAUCACCCCAACGCUACCCACAACCACCAGCAUGCCGGCACCACUGCCAGCAGCACCACCUUCCCCAAAGCCAACAAGCGGAAAAACCAAAACAUUGGCUAUAAGCUGGGACACAGGAGGGCCCUGUUUGAAAAGAGAAAGCGACUGAGUGACUAUGCUCUGAUUUUUGGGAUGUUUGGAAUUGUUGUUAUGGUGAUAGAGACCGAACUGUCUUGGGGUUUGUACUCAAAGGAUUCCAUGUUUUCGUUGGCCCUGAAAUGCCUUAUCAGCUUAUCCACCAUCAUCCUGCUUGGUUUGAUCAUCGCCUAUCACACAAGGGAAGUCCAGCUCUUUGUGAUCGACAAUGGUGCAGAUGACUGGCGGAUAGCCAUGACCUACGAGCGCAUCCUCUACAUCAGCCUGGAGAUGCUGGUGUGUGCCAUCCAUCCCAUUCCUGGAGAGUACAAGUUCUUCUGGACUGCACGCCUGGCCUUCUCCUACACCCCGUCCCGGGCGGAGGCUGAUGUGGACAUUAUCCUGUCCAUCCCCAUGUUCCUGCGCCUCUAUCUGAUCGCCCGGGUCAUGCUGCUGCACAGCAAGCUCUUCACUGACGCCUCCUCCCGAAGCAUCGGAGCCCUCAACAAGAUCAACUUUAACACUCGAUUUGUCAUGAAGACGCUCAUGACCAUCUGCCCAGGCACGGUGCUGCUGGUGUUUAGCAUCUCUCUGUGGAUCAUCGCGGCCUGGACAGUGCGAGUCUGUGAAAGGUACCAUGACCAGCAGGACGUCACUAGUAACUUUCUGGGUGCCAUGUGGCUCAUCUCCAUCACGUUCCUUUCCAUUGGCUAUGGGGACAUGGUGCCCCACACAUACUGUGGGAAAGGUGUCUGUCUUCUCACUGGCAUCAUGGGUGCAGGCUGCACUGCCCUGGUGGUAGCUGUGGUUGCCCGAAAACUCGAACUCACAAAAGCAGAGAAGCAUGUUCACAACUUCAUGAUGGACACUCAGCUCACCAAACGGAUCAAGAAUGCUGCCGCAAAUGUCCUCCGGGAAACAUGGCUAAUCUAUAAACACACAAAGCUGCUAAAGAAGAUUGACCAUGCCAAAGUCAGAAAACACCAGAGGAAGUUCCUCCAAGCUAUCCACCAACUGAGGGGUGUCAAGAUGGAGCAAAGGAAGCUGAGUGACCAAGCCAACACCCUGGUGGACCUUUCCAAGAUGCAGAAUGUCAUGUAUGACUUAAUCACGGAGCUCAAUGAUCGGAGUGAAGACCUAGAAAAGCAAAUCGGCAGCCUGGAGUCCAAGCUGGAGCACCUCACAGCCAGCUUCAACUCGCUGCCCCUGCUCAUUGCAGACACCCUGCGCCAGCAGCAGCAGCAGCUGCUCACCGCCUUCAUGGAGACCCGGGGCAUCAGUGUGGCAGUGGGAACUAGCCAUGCACCUCCCUCUGACAGCCCGAUUGGGAUCAGCUCCACCUCCUUCCCAACCCCGUACACAAGUUCAAGCAGUUGCUAAAUAAAACUCCCCACUCCAGAAGCAUUACCCAUAGGUCUUAAGAUGCAAAUCAACUCUCUCCUGGUCGCUUUGCUAUCAAGGAAGUUUCAGACCAGGGAACAGAAAGAAGAGAAAUGAAGCUGAUGAGCUAACUCACGUUCUUUCAGCGUGCUGUGUUCGAUAUGCCUUGAAACCAGAAAUCUAAUCUCUGUUUAGGUGCCUCUACUUGGGAGCUGGAAGAGGAGGUGACAGGAAGCAACGCCUCUAUCAGGGUCCUUGCUGCACAGUUGGUGGAGAACAGAAAUCCCUGCUCAAUCUCAGGUUUUCACAGGGAGGUGGGGAGGGGCAGCCGCUCUGAAGCAGGUGAGAGUGAAGCCAGCCACAGUGGGGUGCAAUGGGCAAGGGUGGUAUCAGGUUUGGGGAAUGGGCUCCUGGCUGCCUUGGGACCUCAGCACACCUUUCUCUGUUUCAUCUAAGGAAGCCUCUGGGUGGUAAAAGUGAAAGAGAGCCGCCCGGAACUUUCCAAAAUGGACAUACACAAAUUAGAUCAGGGUGGGGGUGACAUAGACAAAUAAAAAGCCAGAAUUUCCAUCCAAUAAUAACAUCCAACAUAUUCCCACACAGAUGCUCUGCUCAGUCCAGGGCCUUUUUCUGUUUGAGUUGAGCCCAAAUGAAAGGGACCUGCUACCUUGUUGUACACACAGUAAGCAAGCUCUAAAACUGCAUUGAAAUGACAUUUGCUGUGUGCUUAGCUGAGGAAGCCAGCUAGCAGGUAUUGGCCACAUUUUGGGCUUUGCUGAAGAUGCAGAUCCCUCCUGAAGGAACAGUGCCCUGGCAUGCAUCCUGCCUGGUUCCAAUGUAUGCCAACCCCAAGCUGUUGGCAUUCCCAGGGGUGGGAGGGAUUGAUAAGCAGAUUUUAAAAAAACAACAACAGCUUUGAGAGAGUUUUCUUCCAGCCGAGUAAGCUGUGUGCCAGUGGACCCCGCAUCCCCAGGUGUCUGUGGGUGGGAGAUGAGCAGGCAAGUGUGCUCAGUGCCACCAUAGUGAAGAAAACUAUUGUCUGGGCCUUUGCAGAGGCCUCGUCACCCAGAAGCAGGCUCUAGCCGAGAUGGGGGUGUAGAAGGGUCAGUGCCUCACCCUGUUGAGGUGGGAGGAGAAGGGCAGAGGUGGCUCCUGUGGUCCCUUCUACCUGAAGUCACCUCAGAAUGAAACACUGUGAGAACACAAGUUGCCCCAGGGAAACUUGUGUGUAAAACGAGAGGACACAUUUGCUAGAAGCCUGUUCCUAUUGCUCCGUGUUCAUCUUGGGGCAAAAACUACUCCACUGAAUCUCAGACUCCAAGAGACUCCAGAAACAUCAGAUCCAGGAUUAGGACAGGUACUCACAUAUUUUCUUUUUCUUUUUCUUUUCUUUUUCAUUGCUCCAUGAUCUGACCAUUCACACAGCUGUGGUGUGAAAGCUAUCAACUCAUUUAUCACUUCUGUUCAGAGGCCUUUGAUAUCUGCUUGUAAGGUAUUACCUAUGGAAUAUUUGUAAGACAAAAGGAUGCUAUCUGUGUGGAGUUGCUGUCUGGAGCAUACACUGUGGCAGGCUAUCACAACUGCCACGGAGGCCGUGUCUCACUGUGUGGGUUUCUCUUGUGUAACCCUGGACCUGCUCCCCUCAGGGCAGGGAUUGCUGGACAGCAAGGGAGAUGACGGUGCUUGGAGUCCACUCUGUGUUUUGUUUUGUCUGUCUUGCUGUUGCUGUCUCAUGUUUGGUUUUGCCGUGCUGGAGACCAGACCUGUGGCUUCAUGCAUGCCAAACAAGUGCUAUUCCACUCAACCGUCCACCCCAGCCUGCUGCUAUUGUCUUAAUGGCCUAUCUUCUUAAUGGUCUAUCGUGAUCACUCCCUUGAGCAUUUUCAUAAGCUGUUUUGCACACCAGAGAGGCCACAUUUGUUAUCAGCAUUUAAUUCUUUUUACUUGUUCUUUUAAUUAUUAAUUAUCUGAAAGAUUUUUAUCCCAAGAAUGGUAUUCCUGUUUUCAGUUUAACCACACCUAUGGGUAGAUGUACAGCUUCUUUGCAGCAUUAGUUGCAUUUCACAAAAUGAAGGCUACUGAUGUGCCUAUUUCCUGUAUAUCUGAUCUAUAGCCCUCAACUGUUUUCCUCUGCUUUUCCAUUGCACCCUGCUGUGAUCUGGUGCUGUGUGACCAUAAGCAUGGCACAUCUAGGGCUGUAGUCUCCAUUUCACACAGAUGAUGUGUAAGAUCCCACUGCUUCUCCUGCCAUGGAUCCAUCCUGGUCUGGACAUAGUCUAAAAUCUGUUUUGUUUUGUUUUGUUUUUGUUGUUGUUGUCGUUGAUAUUCUUGUUAAGUAAACCCUGAAGACCAAGCUAGCAAUGCUAGUCAAGAGAAUGGCUAGUUUCCAGGAGGGUAUCACUAACACUGGAGAGAUAUUUGGGCAUUUGUAGGGUGGCCUGGCCCAUUGGUAAUUCAAUAGCUGUGUGUGGUUUUAUCUUCAGCAAAAGAAUAUACCUCAAAAAAAAAAAAAGUGACAAGAUCUGAAAGUUGGCUCUGUAAUGGUAAAUGAUCCUAGUAUUUUAGCUUCAUGAGUGAAGUAAUAAUUCUCUUGCAAAUACAAUUAAUUCUUGAUGACCUAUGUAUUGAGGACCCUGGUUAUAGCUCACCCAGGUAUAUUCCUGCAUCUUUUGGCUGAUCCCACUUCACCUGAGCAUCUCACCUGGAUGGGUAGAAGAUUCUAAGGCUAUGUGAUAGUGGAAGAGGUCUGAGUCUCAAGACUGGGCUACAAUUUAAAACUAUGGAUUACUGUAAUUUUGCUCUAGCCCUGCACUGGUCAAAUUCCAGCCUUUCCUAGAAGGCUGACCACUGGCAGAGGGCCUCCUAGCAUCUUUCUAGGAAUACGGUAGUAGACAGAAGCACUCUAAUAUUUCCCCAAAUAUCUGGACACUUGAAGUAAAAAUAUAGAGCCACCCUCUCAUUGUUUAAGCCAUAUUAUAGCUUCAUGUACUGUGAAGUCAGGAAUGUACUGUGAUACUUAAAGACCACUGAGCUCAGUGGGAUUUCAGGACAUAGCAUCAGUUGGUAAUUUAUACCAGACUAGAAGCCCAUUCCUCCUUAGAUUGAAGUCCAAAUUAAAAUCUGCACCAUUGGCUCAAAGACCUCGUAUGUGGUCAUCAUCAAUAAAUUGUCAUAAGUCUCUGCAAGCCAUCAUUACCACCUUCAUAAUGUAUAACUCUAUGACAUCAUGUCUUUAGAUAUGAUUCAAAAGGAUAAGAGGGGCAUUGCAAAGAGUCACCAGUGACUGUGACCCCAGCAGGGUUCUGUGCUGAAACAGCAACCUUGUAAAUUAAAAGAUGUAGCAAUUGUAUAUAAAAGUGAGUCCUUGAGGGCUUAGUCAAGAAGGAAAUGCAAUAGCAUUGAAAGAUAAUGAUUUUAAUAUAUUUGGAGAUUUUUCUCUUUCACUUUGCAGUAAUUUCCUUGCAAAGAAGUCAUGGAAAGAAAAAACUAGUGAUACAAAAUCAGAAUAGAUUAAAAAAAUAAAAAAAUCUGAGAUUGGAGUUACAUAUCUGGCCAAUAUAUCUCAGCUUGUGUGUAUUUAAAAGUGAAGGUAACUUAAUAUUAAGUUCGAAGUAUUCUGUAAAGGAUAAAAUGAAGGCACUAUUGUUAGUGUGGCAGCCUUGCCUGACUAGCUAACCAACACUUAGAUGUAACAUUUGAAUGUAGUGAUAGUUACCAAAAAGCAGUUACUGCACAUCACAGAGAGAGUGAUUUUCAGGGAGAAAUGUAGGGUGUGUAAAUAGUUCUGGAAGCCCAGAAUAUGACAGUGUUUUAUCUCAAAACAGUCAGUGUGGCUGCUGAGCCACUAUCACAGCAUUGCGCUGGCAGCAGGUUACGACUUCCUAAGCUACUGCUUUCAAAUGAUCAAGUAGGUCCCUGCUUCAGACACUCACUCUACUUCCCCCAAAGCUGCUAGAAGCAAAUUAAGGAUCCAUUAAGUCGUCAUUUUUCUGUCCGUGUUGACUUCAUGGUCUUUGGUUUCAGUCCCUUAGACAGCCAUCUGGAGGCUUCCUGGCAGGCACGAAGAGUUCCUUCUCUCCCUGUAGCCUGUUGGCUUGGUCACAUCUUGGACGGUAUCUCUUUCUUCACUACUGCCAAAGGGAAUAUUUGGGGAACAGGGUUAUAGCUAGCCCUAAGACAGGGGGAAUGGAGAGGUAGCAGUAGUGUCUGCCUGUGGGAAUAGGAAGUUUGCACCGGCUGCCUGAAUAGUCACUGACAGUAAACUCCUGCCAGAUAAGGAGUGUGCAGAUUUUUGUUGAAAUAGGCCACAGCGUAGGACCCAGCACUCUGUGCAGCGGUCUAUAGACAGCCACAGGGGGGUAUAACUGUGAUCUUUUCUGUUUUAUGCCAUUACUGGAAACACCUAAACAAGAACUGGAGUUCCCUCGGAACAACACUGUCCAAUCUUCAACAGAUGACCUCCGACCCAGGUGCCAUGUGCCCUGAAGCAGCUGUUUACACACCUAGAAAUGUUUUCUGGAAGCUGUGACCUCGGGCCUGGACUGACAGGAGACCUCGUGACCAAUCAAGCUGGUGGAGGAAAAGCACAAAAUUCAAUACCAACCUCUAGUUAAGAUCCCAAAGAGAUGCUGACAUUUCUGGCAAAUUAAUUAAUUAAUUAAUUAAAAAAUAAAUAGGAACAGUGGCAAAUAAAAAAUAAUCUGGUUGGAACAGCCGGCAUCCAGCUUCCCAGAGGGAGGAUGGGGCUAAAUGACAUUCUCCUGCUGUGUCAGGUUUUGGAUCCCAGCCAGAGCUGAUCCACCUUCAUCGUACAUGGUGUGGAAUGGCACAACAAUGCGAUCAAUUUAGUCCCAGACUCUCCAUUCUGUGCUGGCCACAAGAGAACAACAAACUCGAGUGAUAGGAUGUUGAUGGAAGAACCAUUUUCAUAGCAAACUAAGAAAUGGAAGUGUUUCUAUUCCGAACGAUGGGUUUCAGUGUGAAUUUGCAUCUUGCCUCUGUACUGCUUGCUAUUUUUUAAUGAUAGGAGAAAGCAUACAUUUUAUUUUAAAUAUGAAAUAUAUUGCUAUAUUAUAAACUAUAUUGUAACUUUCGAUUAACAUUUUGUAUCAAGCUAGUCUUUAGCAGGCUGAGUGACAGCCUGCUUUCCUGAUGACUGUUUCUGAGUACACAUCGCUGUUAGAGGUUGCCUGACCCCAGACCCAGGGUCCUGGUUCCACAGCAUGCUGGAUAGACAUAUUCUUCUUCUCUAAGACUGAGUGGUAGAGACAAAAAUAGCCUUGAGGUGAGCACAGAAGAAUAAUUCUACCCUAAAUUCUAUCAAGCCAUUUCAGAAGCAAUUGUUAAAGCCAUCAGUCCUUUAGUAGCUAUCAGCGACUUCAGUGACUUUAGUAAAAUCAUACACUCUUUCUAUCCAAAUGCAAAGGGUCCGGUCUAUAAAUUUUUGCCUCAGGCACAGCUAACUAGCUUUCCUCUGGCAAAUCAGAAUUGGGCUUAAGAAAGAGUCUUUUUUACUUUGCCUCAAAAUACUCAAAACUCUAAGCAUUGGGUUUCUUUGUCUAAGAGGACAAUCAAGAUUAGAAUUCUCCCCAGGCAAAAACCAGUGAGAACUGGGGCACAGGUACACUAUUCUGAGCUGGCAAUCUCCGGCUGGUGGGGAAGGGAUUGAGGUUUCUACAGCUUGUCAUCGGUGUGAGAAGAGGAGGCACUGCAAGACCCAGCAGAGAGCCAGCUUCCUCAUCUCCUCUUCACUGUAGCUGGCAUGAAACCCACUCUCUCCUUCAUGCUCCAGAACCCAAGACACUCGUGUAGGGCUGUAGGCUUUCUUCCUUUGAAUUGCUAGUGUCCUAGUCUAUGUCAAAGCAGAAGGACAGCUCCCCUGAGUCUACACAUCUCCCUGUGAGGACUUGCUUCCUAGCCUCACUUCUGCAUAUCACUGGAUAAGUGCAGACUGUGUAGUGAGGGGAGAGUCACCUGCCUACCUCUCCCCUUCUCAACCCCUGGACAUGCACACAGAUCCACAGACCACGUGAAAUCACAGGUGCUGCUCAGGAAAAGAGACUAGAAGCCUCUAAGUUUCCCUGAACUUCAGCCAAGGCUCUGCCGAUGUGGCACCUGUCAGUCAUGCUCCAUGACAAACAAGUAUCUAAAUGUCCGGUUUCAGUCCUUGAGAGUAGCCAGAGCUGUCUACUGUCACAUUCAUGUCUCUCGGCAUCUGCAUUACUCCUCAGUUAUAAGCCAGGCUGAGCCCCAUUAAAGCCAUCAGAACACUAGGGCAACUCUUUUUAGCACAUUACUUACUCACUGGGUAACAGAAAUGAGUUAACUCUCAAUUUUGUAAUUGACUGAGAGACAUUGAUUUGUUUCUUUCUAUGUCCCCUGCUCAAAAUGGAGCUGUCUAUUUUGGUUUUUUCUUCUAAUGCUUUGUAGAUUGGCUAAGAUGUUUACAUGUAUAGAGAACACAUAUAUUCUGGCCUUUCCCAUCAAAGCUGUAACUUAUCCACAAUCAAGGAAACUAACUCAAAUUCUAGAUUUGGAGGAGACAGGCUUUGGGCAAUAAUUUGUAUGUGUAGCCAUAGGCUAACCUUUGCUACUCCAGGUGAGCACUGCAGAUGGGCAGCAUUCGCACCCCCUUAAACCUAUUAGAAGCAGGUCCCCAGGCCCUAUGCCAAGCCCACUCAAUCACUAUUGGCAUUUUAAAGAGCUCCCGAUGAUCUGUAUGCAACCAGCACGGGGAAAUGCUGGCCUCCCCACACUGCAAUGGUAACUAGUAAUUCAAAAAUUUAGCUAGUUCUUCCUCAAAUCUUAGUUACUGAAUUUUGAUGAUAGACAGGUCUUAUGAGAUUGUAAAAAUAAAGAUGACUUAUAUGAUUGUAAGGCUAAAGAUGGGUGCAUUUGAUACUGCACCGUUUAAGUGAUAUACAUGAACUAUAAUGUUAAUAGGAGGUGGCCUUUCUCUACUCCAAUAUGAAAAACACUCGCACCACAGCUUUGAGCCACUUCAAAGUCCCUUUUAGCCUACAGUAGUGGGCCAUCAGAGUAAAAAGUGGUGCCAUGGGCAAGCCCCUGGACAGAAGGCUCCUGAGUCUCUCCUCAGCAUACUGCAGGAAUGGGUAUUCCUGAUCCCCUGUCCCUCCCUGAGGAAGCUGGAAUCUCCCAGUGAGUGAGGACUUUCCUCUUGGAGACUAGAAGAACUCAGUUCAGCCAUUCAGACACAUGCCUAAUCUCCUGAGGCUAUUCUCCUGUUUGUUGCAUCAGGCAAGGUGGGCAAGGAAAGAUGUGAAUUCUGAUAUUGGCACCCUAAGUUGAUAUGUACACAGAAACAGUUAUGUUCUAAAUUAAUGGCUUUAACCUGUUCAUUGCAAAAAGUGCCUUGGACUUCAAUCUAAAGAGGUCAGUAUAAAUAUGUAUGUGUGUGUGAUGUGUAUGUAGGCAAAUAUUUACAUAUUUAUACAUACAUAGGUGCACACACAUAUACCUGCACAUUCAUAUAUAAUAUAUACAUACAUAUAUAAAUGCUUCAUAAUAUAUCAUAUUGCUAUUCACAGCUUCUUAUUUUGUUUGGUCCUAUGUUUAUUUGUUCAGUGAGAUCUUUACAUAGAAAGGUUCUUUUCGGGACAUGGAUGUAUUUUUUGUUUGUUUGUUUGUUUUU